UCUCUCUGUGUGUGUUUGUGUGUGUGUGUGUGUGUCAGAUCAGCGCGCGUGCGGUGAAGGCAUGAUUCAAACAUUCACACUCUGGAUUUCUUCAGUAUUCCUAAAGCUGACCAGCUCUAUCACUCCAGAGGAGAUAUUUAUUGCCUUCGGUCUGUUUAAUUGUCCAGUUAUCUCACCUAAACGCGCGCACGCAUCAGCCCCUCUGUGUCCCUCGCGCAGGGCUCAUGGGGACUCUCAGAGAUCUUCAGUUCGCACUUCAGCUGAAGAUUGAGGAGUUACGGCAGAGAGACGCUCUCAUCGACGAGCUGGAGCUCGAGCUGGACGCUAAAGAUGAUCUGAUCCGCCGCCUGCAGGACGAGCUCGACCGUCUGCGGCUCUCAGCGGCGGGUCAACAACGUGCUUCUUCCCUGAGAGUGAGGAGAAAAGCUCUGCUAACAGAACCAGUUACCGUGGAGCCGAAACUAGUCUUACAAAACCCACCAAUCAGCUACAGCAAGAGUCAAGAGUCACAGCGGCUGAUAGAAUCAGCUCUAGCAGAAAACGAGUGUAUGAAAUAUCUAAUCAGGGAUCAGAUGCGCUGUUUGGUGGAUUCUGUCUAUCCCAUAACACUCAAACAGGGUGUGAGUGUUGUCCAGGAAGAGGAUAAUGGGACCCAAGCAUACAUAGUUGAAGAGGGAAAACUGGAGGCAUCCAGGGCUGGCCAGAGGCUGCACAUCAUUGAGCCGGGGAUGAUGUUUGAAGAGCUGGCCCUUAUUCAUAACCACACCUGCUCCACUACUGUCACAGCUCUGGUCAACAGCAGGCUGUGGGUGUUGGAGGGUCAGGUGUUUCAGAAGAUCAUGCAAAGGAAUGGCCUCGCCGCUAUCACACAGUCUUUGGACUUCCUACGCAGUGUGGCACUGCUCUGUGUGUUUCCAGAGGAUGUUCUCAUGAAAGUGUCUGAUGCGCUGGAGGAGUCUCAAUACAGUAAUGGUGAUUAUAUCAUUCGAAAUGGAAUUCCAGGAGACAAAAUCUUCAUUCUGAGUCAAGGCCAGGUGAAAGUAUUAGAGAAACACUCAGCCAGUGAGGAGAGUAUGAUGGCGUCUGUCCUCUCCAGAGGGGAUUGUUUUGGAGAGAGAGGAGAUGACGAGAGGUCGAUGAGUGCUCUUGCCGCAGGCGAUGUGACAUGUUUGGUCAUAGACAGAGAGGUUUUCGAAAAAGUAACUGGAGGCUUGGGCAAUGCAAGAGAAAAUCCUACCAACAAGGUCAUAUUGAAGGCAGAUGAAGAUGGGUCUGCGUUUGGUGAAACGUCUCUCUGCAGUUUUCAAGUGCUGUGUAAUCUGGGGGAAGGACAGUACGGUCACACUCAGCUCGUCCAUUUGAAGAGUGACCCCAGCUGUAAGUUUGCAUUGAAGACCAUAAGAAAACAGCUGAUAGAGAGCCCAGGCCAAAGAGAGAGGAUACUUGCAGAGAAACACAUCCUGAUGGAUCUCCAGAGUCCAUUUAUUGUAAGGUUGCAUUGUACGUAUAAAGAUGCUCGGUGCCUGUAUAUGCUGAUGGAGGCUUGUGAAGGUGGAGAUCUGUGGAGAUUACUGAGAGAGAGGGGGUCACUGCAAGACAACGCUGUUCGCUUCUACGCAGCGUCUGUGCUGGAAGCUCUUCAUGUACUUCACACCAAAGACAUUGUUCACAGAGACCUGAAACCUGAAAAUGUGCUACUGGACCAGCGAGGAUAUGCUAAACUGACAGGGUUUGGUUGUGCUAAGAAGUUGGGCUCUUUGCACAGAGCCUGGUCUUUCUGUGGAUCUGUGGGUUAUCAGCCUCCAGAGGUCAUUCUGCAUCAAGGUCACGGUCUGUCUGUAGAUCUCUGGGCUCUAGGGAUGUUGCUGUAUGAACUGCUCAGUGGCAGUCCUCUGUUCUCUGGCUCAGAGCAGCUGAAGGUUUAUACAGCAGCUCUGAAGGGAAUAGAUGAGCUAGAGUUCCCCAAAACCAUCAGCAGGACUGCAGCACAUCUCAUCAAGAGCCUCUGCAGGCUGAACCCCUCAGAGAGGCUGGGCCAGAGGAACGGGGUCAAGGACAUAUGCAAACACAUGUGGUUUGAAGGCUUCGACUGGGAAGGACUUCAGAAGGGCACAAUGACUCCACCAGUAAAACCAAACGUUUCCUGUGUCUCUGAUCACGGAGGAUCAUCACUCCUGCCAGAAACCCACAUUGAAGCAGCAUUGGAUAAUUCUGGCUGGGAUAUAGACUUUUGAUUUGUACAAUAGUGAUAUGGAUGAUGUAAAUUGUAAAAAAAAAAUAAUUGACUUUGUGUUUAUUUUGUAUUAACUUUGCAGUUGAUUAUUUUAAAUAUUUUUUUCAGAGUUGAAAACCAAUAUAGAUGAUGGUACACAGCUUCAGGACUUAAUAAUCAACCCUGGAACUAAAUUGCACUUCAAAUGUUUCUCUGAGAAAUGCAGAAAUUUUAUGUGAUUACUAUUGGAUUUCUUUCUAUGGAAGCUUAUUUCUGCCACAGAAUAGAAAUAUAAAAAUUGGUAUAUAUAUUUACUUUUUUUCAGGAUUGUGAUAAAUUCUUGCAAUUCUGAGCGUAAAAGAACAAAUUCUGAGAUACAAACUUGCAAUUAUAAGAAAUAAAGUCAGAAUUGAGAGAUAAAAAGUCACAAUUACCUUUUAAUUCUGACUUUUACUUGCAGUUGAAAGUUUUUCUCACAAUUCAGACUUUCCUUCUCAGAAUAGCAAGUUUUUCUCCAACAAUUCAGACUUUCUUCUCAGAACCGAGUUUAUAUGUCUUGUGAGAAAAAAUGUCAGAAUUGAGAUAAAAAAUUGCAAUUACUGUUUUUAUUCUGUUGCAGAAAUAAGCUUCCAUAUCUUUUAAUUGGAAAACAUUUUAAAUUAUACUUUUUAGGAAAUAUUAUUACUAAUAGUGUGGUCACAUAUUCCUGUCAAUUCAACAGGAAUCCACAUGAGAGUAAAUUUUGUGUGACGCCAAAUUAUUUCCUCAUGCAGAUACAAUAGACAAUGGACCUCAGACCUUUUAUGUCCUAUAUGUGUAGUAUUUAUAUAUAAUAAUCCACGCAGCUUUCAGUGGGCGGGACAAUUUGAAAUUAUUAAUAAAGAAACAUGGAUGAAUGAGAAAGUAAAGAGCAGGAUGUGCUUGAUUAAAAAGCAACAUUAAAUGUACAAAAGAAGCUUCAAAAGAGGACUGAACAUGGGGUGCCCAAAUGGUCAAAUACACACAGCUGUCUCAGUGACGUCACAAUGACACGACUUCUAAAUAUUCACAUCUUCAAUCUCACACCACUUGUUUACAUCAGAUGCCAGCGGCGCAACGUGACCUGACAAGAAAAUAUAUAAUAGAACCCAUUAUAUUCCGUGAUACAAACAGGUGUUAUUGGUCUCAAUUUGUAGCGUUUUAUUUCUUACAAUUUAUAUUUUUGUAAUUUCUGUCAUGGAAGCGGGCACAUGGCAAAAGAAUGAAUGACUUGAACCCGAAGACUCAAGAGAUGAACUAAUAAAUUCUGUUUCCAGUACUUACUGCACAGCUGCAGCUUACAGGGAUGUGAUGUGACAAAAGAACGAAUGACUCAGAUCUAAACUAGACUGCAUAGUAGAGGUCUUCUCAGGUCCUAAAAUCUGUAGACUACUCAACCUGAAUCACUUCUUAACUAAACUCAAUGUGUAUUCAUUUUUUUCUUUAAAAGAAAAAUGCGACCUGAGUCCAACCCAACCCGAAUGCAUUUAUUUAUGAACGUGACUGUAAGUAAAGAAAAAUCCAUGUGUCCUGCUGACUGAUUUGGCAGCUUCUGCAUUACUUUGAUUUAUUUAAUAUUUAUUUAAUUUAUUAUUACUUUAUAUUACUGCUUGCCUGAUGGAUACAAGUUAUAUCUGAGUUUGGCUUUGGAUUUGCUAAUGUUGUCUGCUCUGCAAUGGUAUUUACCUCAUCUUCCAGCAAAGGGAUUCUGCACACAAAAAAGAAAAGCCCUGCUCUACAUGAACACGCAAUGUAAUGAAGCGAGUGGCUUUUCCUGAUGGAUCUCAUAUCUAUAAGAUGGAUUUCUGUGUGCGAGGUUAUGAACAUAUGUUCCUUUUCUAUGUACGUUUCUCAAAAAUGCACUUAACACCAAUGCACAAUUCUGUUAAAAGGACAGGGUCUUAUGGGGUCCAUAAGGAAAAAGCACAUUAAUUUUAAAUUACCCAAGACCCAAGGCAACUAAUACCGAACCCGAAUCACUCUUUGAGGUUUUGGACCCAAACCCUCUCGGGUUGGACCUUGGGUUUUCAGAUCCAUGUGGACCCGUGACUGCAUAGCCUCAAUUAAAUAAUUGUUUCUGUUUCUCAUAAUAUGGCCUUGGUUGCAUUAUUUAUUUUUCUUAUUUUAAAUG